AUGGCUGCGCCAAUAGAUACAGCACUAGCCACGGCGUUGCCCACAGAGGGCGCGCUGCCACCUACCCACGACACUGGGUCACAACCACGGCCCUUGAAGAGGCGAAAGCUGCGCCCGUGCCACCAGCCUGACCGCGGCUCUCUGUACGAUAUCAUGUACCGACACCAGGGGACAUCUCUCUACGUGCGACCGAUCUUCUGGACCGAUCAUCACGUAAGGCUCCUCGGCGCGCGGUUCACUGAACUCGAGGCAACGACCACUCCCAGCCCUGUAACUGAUUUACCGGGCGCGCACAACACGCCUCCGAUACCACCACCACCACCACCUUCAGACGGUCAGCUGCGACCUUCGGGUGAGAUCCGGACGAUAGCGCAGUCGCUGACGCAGAUGCUCGAGCCAUACGAACCGACACCGGCCACUAUGCACUCUGUGCUAGCGCACCGCGUCCUCAGCAUUCUAUGGCCGAAAGCUUUCACUCGGACGCAUAUACGGCCCGAGCUGGCGAUACACUGCGGCGGCAAGACGUACCGCGACUGCAUCAAGGCGCAGCUCAUGUGGGAUUUCCCCAUGGACACUUCAUCCGACACUGAGUCGUUCAAGUCGACAUCGACACAAGGGACGAACAUGUUCUCGGCAUCGCAGCAUAACGUACCGAUACCUGUCGUGGACGAUGGCCCUAUGAUGUGCUACAUUGGUCUAGACCAGCUGUCGACUAUGAGACGCAACAUGUUCCGUGUAGGCCCCACGCGAUCAGGGUACGUAAACGCACCUGUCGCUCGCCUCCAGGAGCUGCGAAGCAGGAUGCUCAGUCCCUCGAACGCUGUCCAGGACCCCCAUAUUGCGGCCAUGUUCAUUGCCAUGGCACAACGCCACUUUUACGGACCAAACCCAAGGACCGCGCAUCGUGAGCACAAGUGGUUCGCGCCCAAGGGGUAUUCGCGCAACAUCAAGUUCCGCGACCUCAAACUCCGCGUGCUCAGCCACGAUAUCGAGGAGGUUUGCUUCAUCCUGUACACGGCCACGGUCAAGGCCGAGUUCCUGCAGCGCUUCCACGAUCCUUUCACCAACCCAUCUGGUGAUAACGGGGACGUACCUGGGCUUGAUAUCGAGUACACGAAAAUACCCAUCUGGCCUAUUCUUGGUCUUCGCGAGCGAAUGGGAAAGGCGCUGGGGCACGACAUCGUUGGACCGUUUGACCCCGAGGACAUGAAGACCUGGCAGCGCAUACGUCUCGUUCCGGGGGAGGACUCGGAGCAGCGGGCCAAGCGCAAGCGCGACGUGUUGAGUGCAGUGCUCAACCAGAGCUUCGAGGACACUGAAGAUGAAGAUGACGAGCCAGCCUUGGGCAGCAAGAGGCGGCGUUUGAGCGAGGGGCCCCCAUUAGGCGUGGUCAACUAG